AUGAAACUUGCCCUACUGUGUCUGGCUACUUUGUUGUUUUCCGCGGCUGUUUUUGCUUCGGAAGCCAAGCCCAAGAAGCUGUCAAAGCUGUUGGAUUUUGUAGAAGUCGAAAUAAAUCGAAGAUUGCUUUGCCCUUACUACAAAAAACUCGUGGAGUUAUAUAAAGCACGCGCCGAAAAGGAAAAAGACGGGCUGAAACAUGUGGUCCAAGUCAAGAUGCUAACUACCGAUUGCUACAAGGCAAGUCUUUACAGUAAGAAGAACCUUAGUUAGUAGAAAUAAUAAGAUUGAUUGGGUCCCAGGAUAGUUUAUCAUCUAUAUAUUCUGAGUAAUCUUACAUGUAGUCACAUCAAUAAUGUCUAGAUAAAAGUUACGGAGCUUUUUUUUGCCGCAAAUUUUGGUCUUUUAAAAUAUAUGUUACAAUGACUCAGGGUAAAGAAAACUAACGUUAGUUAUGGCUAAGAUUAUAAAAAUUUGACAUAUUGCAAGUCCACGCCAAGUCUCAGCCAAGCCUUCGCCGAGUGUCCGCCGAUCAUCCAGCGGCUUUGCCAGGCCUCAUAGGCACCUCCUGCAACCUUUUUUCGGAUAUCCAACUGCCCUAAAACCCGUCCGAUCGGUUUUGUGGUGUUGACCCGAACUGCCUUCGACCCGAAAACUCGGUGUCUGUCGGGAAAAUAGUGAGCGCUGUCGCUGCGUCGCUGACGUAGAAAGCAAUUUGAUUUUGCCGCGAUGAUUCACUUUCUCGGCGGCGAAUUUCGAUACGACAGAGCGCGCAUUAUUUUCCCGACAAUUGAUACAGCUUCAAAAGUUAUGGUGUCUGCUGUUUCUGAACCGUGAAAAGGCGCUGCUUUCAGGGAAAGAGGGACUGUAAACACGAAAAGAAGAAGCUGAUCCCCGGAACUGAAAAAUACAAAGAGGCAACCGUGAAAGAAGACAACGAUGGGAAAUUUGAAUUCAUUGGCGCUAGAGACAUCGGAAAGCCACAAGCAGAUAAAUCUUAA